AUGGCACUCAAGACCGGAAGCUCUCUGUAUCUGAUAGUGCUGAUCUCUGUUGCUGCUGUGGCUGGAUCUCUGUUGAUUGUGGCUGCAUUCGGGAUAUUUCUCACGUGCAGGAAAUUUAGAAAAACUGAUCAAAAAGGUGCCUUUGGUGUUGAUGCGGAUGGAAUGAAAUUAGUGUCGGUGAUGGAGGGAGAUUCAGUCACUCUAAACUCUGGUCUUACUGAAAUGAUGGAUGAUGAUGUGAUUCGGUGGAGGUUUGGAGCUGAAAACACUUUAAUAGUUCGAAUGAACAUAAUGGAUGGCAGCAUGACGGUAUAUGAUGAUGUUCUUGAUGAGAGAUUCAGAGACAGACUGAAGGUGGAUCAUCAAACUGGAUCUCUGACCAUCACAAACAUCACAACUCAACAUGCUGGAGAUUAUAAACUACAGUCCAACAGUGCACGUGAGAGAUUCAGUCUCAAUGUCCAAGCUCGUCUGCCUGUUCCUGUCAUCAGCAGUAACUCUACACACUGUUCUUCAUCAUCAUCAUCAUCAUAUUGUUCAUUGGUGUGUUCAGUGGUGAAUGUGGGUCAUGUGACUCUCUCCUGGUACAAAGGAAACAGUUUAUUGUCCAGCAUCAGUGUGUCUGAUCUCAGCAUCAGUCUCUCUCUACCUCUGGAGGUGGGAUAUCAGGAUAACAACACCUACAGCUGUGUGCUCAACAAUCCCAUCAGCAACCAGACCACACAUCUGGACAUCAGUCAACUCUGUCACACAUGUGCAGAGGUUCACGUCAGUAGCUGUGAUACUAUCGAGCCUGUGAUCCGAUUGGUCGUCACUGCUCUGAUGGGCGUGGCUGCUGCAGCUGCUGCUGUUCUUCUGGUCAAUGACGUCAGAUCAACAAGAGUAACAUCAGUGUUUGGAGUAAAAGAAUAUCCCUCUAUCACUGACACUGACAGUGACACUGCAUCAGCAGACAGUGGAGAAGAAACAGAAACCGUUGCUAAGACUUGCACUGCAACUGUUCAGACCUUCACUGCUUAA